GAGAGGAGACGAGGCCUGUGCCUGGCAAUUUGCCGUCCGCUUCCCAUUCUUCCUAUGCAGACAGACACACAACAUGGCGGACUAGGAUAGUCGGCCGACGCGCCCGGAUACAGAGGAUAAACCGUGGGAUUUAACACCUUGGGGGGUUUAGAAAGUACCCGCGUAAGGGCCGAUAAAUCAGGGCGAAUCAAGGAUUUUUCUCCGGGAGGGGGGAGCUGUUCCUGCCUGGAUUAAGCACACGAACUAACUGCGAAGUGUUGUCUGUGUGUCCCGGAUCGUGCUUCCCUCCUCUGCUGUCGCCCAGGUCUCCCCCCCACCCCCUCCACCCCACCCCGCGCAGGCUCUCGGUUCCUGGGGCUUCCUCUGGACGAUAAAGAGUUGUGGGAGACGGGGAACAAUUGGAUUUGUAGGCUAAUAGCAUCCUGAUUGACGACAUAACUUGAUCAUCGUGCCCCAUUUCAGCCCGCGGUCCGCGCCAAAAAAUCGCUCUGCUAAAACCAGAGUGACCACGCUGUACGAAUGAGUGAUUGAUGCUAACUUCGCUUCUUCAGGGCAGAAUGGGUGUGUGUCCCCUGCUCCUGCUGCUCGGUCUCGCCCUCGGGGCCACAGUCCAGGAUCAUGUCCCUAUCACAAGUCCUCCAAAUAUCUCUGCCAGAGCUACGGGGCCCCCUGCCGCACCCUCCCUCAACUCUACAGUCGCACAGCCCCCCCCAGGCCCAACCACAACGCUGGACCCCACAAUCAGCCCGGUGACAACAACAACAACAACCGCAAAAACAACCCCAAGCCCAGCCGGCGAGGAGGAUGCACAACCGGCCGGUCGCAACGCCACUGUGCGUCUGUUACCAGUCCCAGCUCCUUCCCCUCCAGCCGCCGGCGAGGCCCCCCAGGAGCCAGCGAGCAGCGAGCCUCCCUCUCCUCCCACCCCUACGGGGGUAGACAACAGCAACAACGACACCACCGGCGUCCCUACAGACGCGCCAACUCCGGACUCUUUUUUAACGGAUUUAUUCACUGUGGAUGCGCACACCACCACGGAACCUGGCGCGGGCUUCACCUCGGACAGCAGCCCGCACGACAACGACCAGUCUGACGACACGCCCGUCAUAGCUGUCAUGGUGGCCCUGUCCUCCCUGCUGGUCAUCAUCUUCAUCAUCAUCAUCCUCUACAUGCUCAGGUUUAAGAAGUACAAGCAGGCGGGAAGCCAUUCAAACUCCUUCAGACUGACCAAUGGUAGAUCAGAUGAUACAGAACUCCAGAGCGUCCCGCUAUUGGCCCGGUCGCCCAGCACAAACAGGAAGUACCCGCCCCUUCAUGUCGACAAACUUGAGGAAGAAAUGAACCGUCGCAUGGCAGAUGACAACAAGCUCUUCAGGGAGGAGUUUAAUGCGCUGCCAGUGUGCCCCAUUCAGGCAUCAUGCGACGCUGCUUCCAAAGAAGAGAAUAAGGAGAAGAACAGAUACGUAAACAUCUUGCCUUAUGAUCACUCCAGGGUGCAUCUGUCCUCUCUGGAGGGAGUUCCAGACUCGGACUUUGUCAACGCCUCCUUCAUAAAUGGUUACCAAGAGAAGAAUAAGUUUAUUGCAGCUCAAGGGCCUAAGGAGGAAACUGUAAAUGACUUUUGGCGGAUGAUCUGGGAGCAGAACACAGCAACCAUUGUCAUGGUGACCAAUCUGAAGGAGAGAAAAGAGUCACCCGCUCUGUUUCAGUGUAAGUGUGCCCAGUACUGGCCGGACCAGGGCUGUUGGACAUACGGGAACAUCCGUGUGUCUGUAGAAGACACAAUGGUUCUGGUGGACUACACCAUCCGCAAGUUCUGCAUCCAACAGGUGGGAGACGUUUCUGGGAAGAAGCCUCAGAGGCUCGUCACCCAGUUCCACUUCACCAGCUGGCCAGACUUCGGGGUGCCGUUCACCCCUAUUGGCAUGCUCAAGUUCCUCAAGAAAGUCAAGAAUUAUAACCCCCAGUACGCCGGGGCCAUUGUGGUCCAUUGUAGUGCCGGCGUUGGGAGGACUGGUACGUUCAUUGUGAUCGAUGCCAUGUUGGACAUGAUGAACUCUGAGAGAAAGGUGGACGUGUUUGGCUUCGUCACCAGGAUCAGAGCCCAGCGCUGCCAGAUGGUCCAAACGGAUAUGCAGUACGUGUUCAUCUUUCAGGCGUUGUUAGAGCACUACCUGUACGGAGACACCGAGCUGGAGGUGACCUCUCUGGAAUCCCACCUGGCCAAACUCUACUCCCCCUCACCAGGAGCGGGCUGCAACGGGCUGGAGGCCGAAUUCAAGAAGCUGACUUCCAUCAAGAUUCAAAAUGACAAGAUGAGAACAGGCAACCUCCCCGCAAACAUGAAGAAGAACCGAGUGCUACAGAUCAUUCCAUAUGAGUUCAACAGAGUGAUCAUUCCAGUUAAACGAGGAGAGGAGAACACCGACUACGUCAAUGCCUCUUUCAUUGAUGGCUACCGUCAGAAGGACUCCUACAUGGCGAGCCAGGGCCCCCUCCAGCACACCAUAGAGGACUACUGGAGGAUGAUCUGGGAGUGGAGAAGCUGCUCCAUAGUCAUGCUCACUGAGCUGGAGGAGAGAGGACAGGAAAAGUGUGCUCAGUAUUGGCCCAGUGAUGGAGUGGUGGUCCACGGGGACAUCUCCAUUGAGAUUAAAAGGGAGGAGGAGAGCGAGAGCUACACAGUGCGUGACCUCCUGGUCACCAACAACAGGGAGAACAAAGCUCGAGCGGUCCGUCAGUUCCACUUCCAUGGCUGGCCAGAGGUGGGCAUCCCCACCGACGGCAAAGGCAUGAUCAACAUCAUUGCUGCGGUGCAGAAACAGCAGCAGCAGUCUGGCAACCAUCCAAUUACUGUGCACUGCAGUGCCGGUGCUGGCCGGACGGGGACCUUCUGUGCGCUAAGCACGGUCCUGGAAAGGGUGAAGGCGGAGGGCAUCCUGGAUGUCUUCCAGACGGUCAAGAGCCUCCGACUGCAGAGACCACACAUGGUGCAGACAUUGGAGCAAUACGAGUUCUGCUACAAAGUGGUCCAGGAGUAUAUCGAUGCCUUUUCUGACUACGCCAACUUCAAGUAGGGACUUGCCAUAGAUGGAUGGAUGGAUUUCUGCACACACAAACAUAUGCACGCACCACAGCACACAGACACACACACACACACACACAUGCAUUGCCAUGCUGAAAACUGCAUAUUCCCAUCUGAUGGAUUUAAAAAAAGACUCAUCACAACUUUAUCUGUGGCUGGGAUGAACUGCCCGCAGGGAAAGGGAUCAGAGGCCUCGACCUGGAGGACAGGACAGGGCAGCGCAGAUGGACAGAUGACUGCGAUGCCUUCUUGGAUAUUUUGUAAUAUUGGUCUUGUUAUUAUAGCCCUUUGCACCUAUUUGCUUCCCAUCUUCCUCUAACCUGCCCCAUAUGUAUAUACACUUGAGGUGUUGCAGCUUAUUACUUUGGUUUCAGACACAGUUUUGAGUUUGGCUGCAUUUUCGGGUGGCACCUGUAAUAUACUUUACUAAAUAUAAACCGAAUAAUUUGGAGGCUAAUGUAAAAAAAAAAAAAAGAAUUGACGGGAUGAUGUUUGGAUUUAUUUUUUAUCCUUUUGGGAUAGAGACUCAAAAUAUAUUUGGCUUGAACAGAGCCCUGCUGUGACAUGUGUUUUAGCCGACUUUGAACAUUUACAGCGUAAUCCAGCCUUUUCUCCACUGCUAGACAUUCAUACAUUACAGUUUCUCUCCUUAGGUUUGAGAUUUCACUCACAAUGAUGUGAUGUAUCUGACAAACUCGGGUUGAUGCCAAAACACACACACUUAACACACAGGAGCCAUUCAUUUUUUUCCUGUGUGUUGGCUUACCGUUGUUUUUACAUCACUGUCGUCUGUCUACAGGAGGCAAAAGUGCUGCACUCACUUUGUUACGCAAGUCUGAGACCACGUUUAGACAUUUAGGACAAGAAAGCAAUUUUACUGUUCAAUGAUCUGUAGCCAACACACUCCUUGACUACAAUAAGAAAUUGGAAAUAUGGAAAUAAAUACCCAUCUUUUAAUAAAUUUUAAGGAAUAUUGGUCAAGAUUUUACGUUGAAAAAUGAUUUUUUUUUACUCUUUCAAAGCUUGUUACUGCAGCAAUGGUCAUGUUGAAAAGCCAAAUCACAAACGGCACAAUAACGGGUAACUCCAUUAUUGCAUCAAGAAAUAAACAAUGUUAUACAGCCAGCAUAUUUCUUCACUUGUUUACAGACGCAUGUCAGUAUUCUAUUAGAUUGUAUUGUUCUUUUCUGUUUCCUUUGAGUCUGCCUGAAUCAACUCAUUUAUUAUUUCUUCUAUAUCAGCCUCACAUCACGCUGUAUUGUCACAAUUUUGAAAGAUUGAUUUCUUUUUGCUUUCCCACCAUGAACACAGAUACUGAAGAAUGUCUCUCGUAAAAUGAAUGCUGUUUGCUAACAUGUUCCUUAAAAAUUGUUACUUGGAUAGUGACGAUUCCCAUGCCAUGUGUGCAGAGUUGUUUUUAAUGGCUGUCCCUUUAGGACACUAAGACUUGGAUUAAACUAUUUUGUUUCUGGGGAGUUACCAAUUGAGGCCGUGCUCACAAUUGAGAUGAAUGAUGACCGUUCGCAGCAGGGCUUCAGGUACUGACCAAGUCAGCUCAGAAAAUCAACUUGCAAAUUAAAAGAAAAAAUCAGCCAUCAGUCAUUCAAAUGGUUUGGAGUGUUCAGAUAGCAUUCCUCACCUGGUUUUUAUCCAUUUUAAGGCCACGAUGUUCAAUUAUACUUCUUUAAAAAGUUUUCAAGCUAUUUAAAAAAAAAAGUGAAGCUUUUAAUAGAGAAUAACCACAUUCUGGUGCUUGCUUUGCAUCAAAACCAUUUUAUGUUGAAUUACUUUUCUUGCAAGGAGCACAAUCAGUCCUAAUCUGAUGGUGGUGGACAACGUAUUCAAAAUUACAUGCUGAAUUUUUUGGGAAGGGGGAUUUUGUCAGAUGUGGAUCGUUUGUGAACUCAUGCACUAUUUGCACCAAAAGCAAAGCCAUUAAAAUAUAUAUAUGGCCUUGAUAAGAAACAUGAGAAAUAUAUUUGGACUCAAGAUGAAGCCCCGAGUUAAGCCUUCUUCUACUAGGAACUAAAAAUAGCAGAUAUUUGGAUUGACCAGUCACUGAAAUGUUUGCAGCUUGUGCAUAGACAUCAUUCUUCUGUUCCAAAGCAUCACAAGUGCCCGCACAAAUAGUUAGGUGCCCUUAUGUUCUUCAUCUAUCUACCUUUUCACUUAUUGGGUAUUCAAUCUAUAGAAAAGGGGAUGCUUCUGUUUGGCUGUUCUGUCUGUGUUUAAAUGACAUGUUUUUUGUGAUUUCAUUUGACAGCAACACGUGACACUGUGCCAACCCAUGAAACCCACUCCUUUGAUAUUAAACCUUCCUCACUGGUAGGUUUAAAAUAUAUAUAUAUAUAUAUAUAUAUAUAUAUAUAUAUAUAUAUAUAUAUAUAUGUGGUGCAGGCAUUGCCAUCCUAAAAGCUGCCAUGUGUAUUUUCCUGAACUUGCAUGUGUCUCCUUAAUUACCACCUGCAAAUCAAUAGGGCCAAAACCAGUGGGGUCAGUCAUCCUCCCUUUCACAUUCCCUCUAGUCGUAUAUUUGUGCAGCUCAAACUAACGUUGAGAUCACUUUUAAAAUGAUUUCCAUCUUUAUUGAAUGGCUUUACUUCAUUCCAUAUGAUUGAAAUGUUGUAUCCAUGACAAGUAAUCAAUUGUGGGUACCCAAAUGUUCUAUUAAGUAUUUUCUAUCCACAACAAAUACAAAUGCAAACCAAGGGGAACCAGACAGUUGUCCCUAUUUUGCAUCUCUUCGUUCCCUGCAUUGAAUGCCCUGGAGAAUCAAACUGGGUCUCCGUUAUUAGAGCGUCAUAGUAGGGGAAAAUGGAAGUCCAACUUCUCUCUUCUUUCUACCUUUCUAAAUGUCCUUAAUGUCUCACUCACUGCUGUCCACUGUCCAUGCUUCAUUUUCCUGUUUCUCCUGUCCGUGGACCAUUUCUUCAGUGGUCACUGCCCACUCCCUUUUGUACAUAAUGUAAGGUUAUUUAUAUUUCAUUCCUGUCUGCUGCCUUAUAUUUUCUUCUCCCUUCACCCUUCUUUUAAUAAAAAAAACAAUGUAUAUUGAACUGUAUCGGGACCAUUUUGAAAUGUAUUAGAUAUUUUGUUUUGGCCAUUUUUAAUUUGGUAAAACUGUCUUAAGCAAAUCCUAUUUUUAAUUUGCCAAUGUUUGUUUCUGGUGUUUUGAUAUUCAACAUUUGAAUAUAUGUAUAUAUAAUUAUAUAUAUAUAUAUAUAAUUAUAUAAUGCCCAAUGGCCUUUUUAAGCAAGAUACUGUUCAAACCUAAUAAAGUGCUUGAGAUUGUA